AUGUUUUCAUCAAAAUUAAAAAAUAUAAAAUAUUUAAUAAGGAAACAACAACAACCACAAUAUUUAAACAAUGAUAAAUUAUUUAAAAAUUCAUUAAAUAUUAAUAGUAAUAAUAAAAAUUAUUUUUGUACUUCAUCAACAACGAUUACUAGUGAUGUAUCAAAUCAAGAUAUAUCAAAUAAAGAAAAAGAAGUUAAAAGAAUUAUUGAUUUAUUAUUUUCAAGUCAAUAUCAUAAAAAUAAUUUAGCAAUAUUUAAAAGGUUUGAAGAAAUGAAAUUACCAGAGAUGAUCGAAAGUGGUAUUGGAAUUGAUGCAUCCAAUAUGGAUACAAUAAAUCAAAUUAAAAAUUAUAAUCAAACUAAACAAUCAAUUGAAGAGUUAAAUUUAUUAUCAAAAGAAUUUAAUGAUUAUUUAGAGGUUGUUGAAAUGUCAAAGAAUAUUGGUGACAAUGAUUGGUUGAAAGAGACUCGUUCAUUGAUAAAUCAAUUAUUUUCAAAUUGUUCUGAAUUGGAAGUCAAAGCAUUGAUGAAUGGUAAAGACGAUAGCAAGGGCUGUCUCUUGGAGAUUCAAGCGGGUGCCGGUGGCAAUGAUUCCAUGGAUUGGACGAAAAUAUUAUUUGAGAUGUAUUGUAAAUGGGGUGCUCGUAAAGGAUACAAUGUUGAAAUCAUCGAUACUGCAGACGGAGAAUUUGGCUACAGACAUGCCUCUUUGAAAAUCGACGGUCAUAAUGCAUAUGGCUGGUUGAGAACUGAGAUGGGUAUUCAUAGACUUAUUCGUAUAUCACCAUUUAGUUCAAGUGGUAAAAGACAUACUUCAUUCGCUUCAGUUGUCGUUUACCCAAUCUCUGACGAUUCAAUUAAAAUAAAUAUCGAUCCUAAAGAUUUACAUUUUGAAACUCUUAGAAGUUCAGGUGCUGGUGGCCAACAUGUAAAUAAAACCGAAUCAGCUGUUCGUAUCGUUCAUAUUCCAACUGGUAUAUCUGUACUUUCUUCAAGUGAACGUUCUCAACAUCAAAAUAAAUCAAAUGGUUUAUUAUUAUUAAAAUCAAAAUUAUAUUCUCAUGAAUUAAAAAAAAAAAUAGAAGCUGAAAAAUCAUUUAGAGAUGAACUAGGUAAAAAUAGUUGGGCCAGUGAUAGUGUUGUUAGAAAUUAUUCAAUGCAUCCACAAGAAAGAGUUAAAGAUCAAAGAACAGGUAUUGAAGUAUUACAAAUUUCAAAAAUAUUAGAUGGAGAGGAAGAAUUAGAUAAUAUGAUUAAAAAAGCACUAAGUGAUUAA